GAGAGGAGGGGUGAAACCAAGGCGGGAGAGCCGCAGCCGCAGCCGCAGCACAAAAUGGAGGAGCCCUGAGGCGCAGGGCAGAGAGAGGGGGCGGGAAAGGGAGGGUAGCGCAGCGCGCAUGCGCGCCGGCGUCAGGGCAGGCCGCGCGCGCCGCGGCGCCGCCAACUCCGGAGCGGCAAUGACGUCACGCGGCCAGUCGGCCCGCGGGUCUCCCCGCGCAUGCGCGAGAGCUCGCGAGCUGCCCUUGGACGCGGGCGACGCCAUUUGCGCCUGCGCGGGGCGAUUCUCCCGCCAGGCCCCGCCCGCUCCGUUCUGCCCGCGCCUGCGCAUAGCGCGCUUUGUUCCCCCUCCCCUCGGCGGGUCUCGCUCCCCACCAUUUUGUGCCGUGAUCGCCAGGUUCGCUGCUGGGUUGUGCCGUGUUCUCCUGCGCGUUCGGGCUCGAGGCGAAAUACUGAAGGGGCCUUGAUGGCGGAGAGUCAAUCAGCGGCCGGACUGGGGGAUUUCACAUCCCUUGGUGGGGCCGCGCCUUUUGGUUCGGAACCCGAAACCCGGCGGCUGAGCGAGCUGCGAGUCAUCGACCUGCGGGCUGAGCUCAAGCGGCGUAACCUGGACAGCGGCGGCAACAAGAGCGUCCUCAUGGAGCGGCUGAGGAAGGCCAUUGAGGAGGAAGGAGGAGAUCCUGAUGAAAUUCCUGUGGCCUCAGAGCUGACCACAAAGAGAAUGCCAAAAAGAACUAGCAAAGGAAGAAAGCCGGAAGAAGAAGGUGUGGAAGACAAUGGUCUAGAAGAAAACUCCAGAGAUGGGCAGGAGGAUAUUGAAGCAAACCUGGAUACCUUGCAGGAUAUUGACAUGAUGGAUAUUAGUGUAUUAGAUGAAGCUGAAAUAGAUAACAGCAGUGCUGUAGACUGUGGAGAAGAUUACAGUCCUGACAAUAUUCUCGAUUCUCUGUCUGAUAAUAAAGAUAAUGUCGAAGCAGAAAUGAAAGAACUUCCUGAUCAGCUAACAGAAAAUGAGGAAGAUUAUGAUGAAAUUGAAAACAAUUUAGAAGCCUCCUCUUCUGAUUUAAUUGAAAUGAAGAAAAUGGAGAAGCUACACUUGGAGCCAGAAAAUGAGAAAAUACUCGACAUUUUGGGGGAAACUUGUAAAUCUGAGCUACUUAUCGAAGAACCCGCGGAAGCGGAGCGGCCGCGUGCGCAGGAAGCCAGUAACGCGGGGCCAGGCAAGAGGCUGGCUGAGGAAGAGGACGCUCUCGCUGCCGCUCAGCUGGAGGAAGAUGCUUUAGCUUUGGACAGCAAAUCGGCCCAAGCUUUGGCAAGGAAGGAAGCAAAGCGUUUAGUGGUAGCAAAAGGGGAGACAAGUGAACAGAGCCCCGAGGAAGAGGCCCCGGACUCUGAAGGUGUAGUGGUAGAGACCCUAAGCGAUCAGAGUAGCAAACGCUCCCAAGGCCUGGAAGCCUCUAGUGGGGAGACAGCGGAGAAAGGCGCAGGUGCCGAAGCCAGAGAUAGCAAAGAAGAUGGCAAGAGAGCAGAAGACAAAGCUAAUUCUGAGGAAUCUUCCCCUGCCACUAAAGAGUCCUCAGCCAGUGAGGGCGGUGAUCAGAAAAAGAGCCCUGUUGAGGAGGACAGAGAUACAAAGAUAAUCUCAAAAGAUGAAAAAGGUCGCAGUGCUAGCGGUUCUGGUAGAAACUUUUGGGUGAGUGGAUUGGCUUCCACCACCAGAGCUACAGAUCUGAAGAAUCUGUUUAGCAAAUAUGGGAAGGUGGUGGGGGCCAAGGUGGUGACCAACGCUCGCAGUCCCGGUGCUCGCUGCUACGGCUUUGUCACCAUGUCCACAGCUGAGGAGGCCACCAAGUGCAUCACCCACCUGCACAAGACUGAGCUGCAUGGCAAGAUCAUUUCUGUGGAAAAAGCAAAAAAUGAACCCGCUGGGAAGAAGACAAGUGAAAAAAAAGAGAGUGAAGCAAAGAGAGAAACAGUCAGUGAGAGACCUGGUGGUGCUAAAAGGGAUGAGAAAUCUGACCAAAAAGAUGAUUCUAAAAAGACAGAAGAUAAAGAUGAAAAGGAAAAAAAAGAUAAAGAUGACCAGAAGUCUGGUUCAUCAGAUCAGCCUAAAACUAUUAAAUCAGGAAGUAAAGGAACAGAGAGAACAGUAGUCAUGGAUAAAUCCAAAGGAGAACCUGUUAUUAGUGUGAAAACAUCCACUACAUCAAAGGACAGAAGCGUUAAGAGCCAGGACCGCAAAUCAGAGAGCAGAGAGAGACAAGGGAUUGUCCCCUUUGACAAAAUCAAAGCACAGCGAAAAAUGAGGGAGGCAGAGCAGCGCCGCACCCGGGAGCGCCGGGAGCGGCAGCAGCACCUCCAGACCAUCCGCGAGCGGGAGGAGAGGGAGAGGCUGGAGAUUGCUCGGGAGAGGCUGGAGAUUGAAAGGCAGCGCCUGGAACGGGAGCGGAUGGAGAGGGAGAGGCUGGAAAGGGAGCGGAUGCACAUCGAGCACGAGAGGAGGAGGGAGCAGGACCGGAUCCAGCGCGAGAGGGAGGAGCUGCGGCGGCAGCACGAGCAGCUGCGCUACGAGCAGGAGCGGAGAUCUGCCAUGAGGAGACCCUAUGACAUAGAUGGCAGGAGGGAUGAUCCAUACUGGCCAGAGGCCAAACGAAUGGCCAUGAAUGACAGGUACCACUCAGACUUCAGCCGCCAGGAUCGCUUCCACGACUUCGAUCACAGGGAUCGUGGGCGUUACCAGGAGCAUUCAAUAGACAGGAGAGAUGGAUCCAGAACAAUUAUGGGAGAUCGGGAUGGACAACACUACCCGGACGAGCGGCACGGGGGCCCCGAGCGGCACUCGCGGGACUCGCGCGACAGCUGGGGCAGCUACGGCUCCGACAGGAGGAUGAGUGAGAGCAGAGGGAUCCCCCCCCAGUCCCGGGAUGGACGUGACUGGGGAGAUCACAGUCGAAAGUUUGAAGGGCACCAAGAUCGUUCCUGGCAGAGCAGCGUGGAUGGAGGGAUGAUAGGACGGGAUCAUGAGAGAUGGCAAGGUGGCGGUAGAGGCAGACCUGGCCAUGUGAUGCAUCGUGGAGGCAUGUCAGGGCGUGGCAGUUUCAUGCAGGGUGGCAAUCAGAGUCAGAUCAUGCACGGAGGAGGAAUGCAGGGAGAAGGAUUUGCUGGCCAGGAAAGGGCAAACAGACCGAACGAUCCUCGUUUCAACCGUCGCUACUGAUUGUGUUUGGUUUUUAAUGCAAGGUGGCAAGUGAAACAGAUCUGUUACCCAGGGUUACCAUUAAUUGUAACUUAUGGGCUACUGUAAGUGUAAUUUUUUUUAAGCUGCUGCCAUAUUAUGUCACUCAAUCCAAUGUGAACUCAUUUGUUUUGUAAGGUGUUGUUCAUAUCCCAUUUAAAAAUGUUUGUUAAUGAAGCAUUCCAUUUUCCAUAAAUAAACGCCAGUUUACAGUUA